AUGUGUCUUAUUUCCAGGAUAUUGAAUCUCAAGAUGAGUUUGAACCGGCGAAAUUGGGUAAAACAUGGAUCCAAUCUCAAAUUAGUGAUCUUGGUUCUGUGGUCGGUUUGUUAUGUUGGUUAUGGUCAGUUUGAGGACACCAAUCAGUUCGAGAAUCCGGCUGUUCUUCCUCUCGUUACACAGAUGGUUUAUCGUAGGCUCUCUAAUAGCACAGCUUCUCUCUAUCGCGAGUUCGGUACGAGAGCAAAGUUCUGCGUCAAAGACCCGGAUGAUGAUUGGAAUAAAGCUUUUAAUUUCUCCACCAACUUGAACUUCUUGUCUUCUUGCAUUCAGAAAACCCGAGGUGAUAUUGGUAGGCGUAUCUGUACAGCAGCAGAGAUGAAGUUCUAUUUCAAUGACUUCUUCAGCAAAUCGAGUAACCCGAGCUUCUUGCGACCGAACGGGAACUGCAACUUGACUUCAUGGGUCUCCGGUUGUGAACCGGGAUGGGCUUGCAGUGUCGACCCGACCCAACAAGUCAAUCUUGAAAACUAUAAAGAUUUUCCAGAGAGAACAACAAACUGCAUGCCUUGCUGCGAAGGCUUCUUCUGCCCCCGUGGCCUCACUUGUAUGAUACCUUGCCCUCUUGGUGCCCAUUGCCCCUUAGCUAGACUUGAUAAGAAAACAAACUUAUGUGUGCCGUAUACUUAUCAAUUACCACCGGGACGACCAAACCACACAUGUGGAGGUGCAAAUGUAUGGGCUGAUGUCAGAACCAGCAGCGAAGUAUUCUGUUCUGCAGGAUCAUAUUGUCCAACCACCACUCAGAAAGUACCUUGUGAUAGUGGGCACUAUUGCCGAAUGGGGUCUACAUCUGAGAAACCUUGCUUUAAGUUAACUUCUUGCAACCCUAAGACAGCAAAUCAGAACAUGCAUGCUUUUGGGGUUAUGAUCAUUGCUGCUUUGAGUACUAUCCUACUCAUUAUAUACAAUUGUUCUGAUCAAAUCCUAACGACGAGGGAGAGGCGGCAGGCGAAGUCAAGGGAAGCAGCGGUGAAGAAAGCCAAAGCCCAUCAGAGAUGGAAAGCUGCUCUAGGUAUUGCUAAAAGGCAUGUAACUGAGACGUUUUCAGAGAAGAAAACCACUCAUGACGGUGAUACUCACAAGAUGUUGGUCAGUGGGUACUCUUCUGAGAUAGACUCGUCCGUAUAUUCGAGUCCCGGGAUCGAGGAUGAUGCUGCAGCCGCCACCGCCGCGAGGAGGAGUAAGGAAAGAGCGAGUCUUGAAGCGGAAGGAAAGAGAGUAAAAGAGCAGAAGGUCAAGAAAUCGCAGAGCCAGAUCUUCAAGUAUGCGUAUGACCGGAUCGAGAAGGAGAAAGCCAUGGAGCAGGAGAAUAAAGAGCUUACCUUCUCUGGAAUAGUCAACAUGGCUACUUACUCUCAGAUGAGGAAGAGGCCUCUCAUGGAGCUUUCUUUCGAAAACUUAACCCUUACCUUGAAAUCCAGUGGUAAGCAUCUGCUGAGAUGUGUUACCGGAAGCAUGAAACCAGGUCGUAUCACGGCCGUGAUGGGUCCUUCGGGAGCAGGGAAGACGAGUCUUCUCUCUGCUUUGGCUGGGAAAGCCGUUGGAUGCAAGUUGAGUGGUUUGAUACUUAUAAACGGGAAGCAACUAUCAAUCCAUUCGUAUAAGAAAAUCAUUGGCUUUGUGCCACAAGAUGACAUUGUUCAUGGGAACUUGACGGUAGAGGAAAACCUUUGGUUCCACGCUAAAUGCAGACUACCCGCGGAAAAGUCGAAAGCCGACAAAGUCCUUGUGGUUGAGAGAAUCAUCGACUCUUUGGGGCUACAAGCUGUGAGGACUUCUUUAGUUGGUACGGUGGAGAAGAGAGGAAUCUCAGGAGGGCAGAGGAAACGAGUGAACGUUGGGUUGGAGAUGGUAAUGGAGCCAUCGAUCUUGUUCUUGGACGAACCUACUUCUGGCUUGGAUAGUGCAUCAUCACAGCUUCUUCUCAAAGCACUUCGCCAUGAAGCCUUAGAGGGAGUCAACGUUUGCAUGGUUGUUCACCAACCAAGUUAUACUUUGUUUGGAAUGUUCAAUGAUCUUGUACUUCUAGCUAAAGGCGGCCUUACUGUUUACCACGGACCGGUGAAGCAAGUCGAACCAUACUUCUCAGGUCUUGGGAUAGUUGUUCCGGAACGUAUCAACCCUCCUGACUAUUACAUAGAUGUGUUGGAAGGGAUUGUGGUUUCAAGUAGUGACUCUGAUGUUGGCUACAAGGAACUUCCUCAGAGGUGGAUGCUUCACAAAGGGUACUCUGUUCCAUUAGACAUGCGAAGAAACAAUCCCGCUGAGCUCGCAGCGAAUCCAGACGUAAGGAAUCAUCCGAACGCUAACGCAGAACAAACGUUUCUCAGAGAGCUGUGGGGAGACGUGAAGAGUAAUUUCAGGCUGCGUCGUGAUAAAAUACGGCACAACUUCGUCAAGUCGAGAGAUUUAUCCUACAGAAGAACCCCUACUAUGUGGCUACAAUACAAAUAUUUCCUUGGAAGGAUAGCUAAGCAACGUAUGAGAGAAGCAAAGUUACAAGCCACAGACUACUUGAUCUUGUUGCUAGCUGGAGCUUGCUUAGGAUCACUGAUCAAAGCAAGUGAUGAGAGCUUUGGAGCACCUGGUUACACCUACACUAUCAUCGCCGUUUCUCUUCUGUGCAAAAUAGCAGCUUUAAGGUCCUUCUCACUAGACAAGUUACAUUACUGGAGAGAAAGUGCUUCAGGGAUGAGUAGCUUUGCUUGCUUCCUUGCCAAAGAUACAAUGGACUGUUUCAAUACACUUGUCAAGCCAUUGGUCUAUCUCUCCAUGUUCUACUUCUUCACCAACCCGAGAUCCACGUUCUUCGAUAACUACAUUGUUUUGGUCUGCCUCGUAUAUUGUGUAACCGGUAUCGCGUACGCGUUGGCUAUCUUCCUCCAUCCUGGCUCUGCUCAGCUGUUUUCUGUUCUUCUUCCAGUCGUUUUAACACUUGUUGCAACUCAACCCAAGAAUAGUCAAGUUAUGAGGAUCAUAGGUGAUUUAUGUUAUCCAAAGUGGGCUUUGGAGGCAUUUGUGAUUGGCAAUGCUCAAAGGUACUAUGGAGUAUGGAUGAUUACUCGAUGUGGCUCGCUUAUGAAGAGUGGCUACGACAUUAAUAAAUGGAAUCUGUGUAUAAUGAUAUUGCUUUUCAUUGGUUGGGUCACUCGUGGAAUCGCCUUUGUUGGGAUGCUUAUACUUCAAAAAAAGUGACGAAAUGUCUCUUUCCUCUGCAGUUUUAGUUCACAGGGUUUCAUUGGCCAAGAUCUUAGCUUUUGUUGUGUUAUUCUUUGUUCAUUGUCUUAUUAGAGUAACAAACUUUGUUCAGAUCUUUUGUGAGAUCAAUGUUAGUUUUUAUACUCAAAGAGAAGACUAAAAUGUUGGCUUGUUCUUAGAUUUCGGAAUAGAACCGAACCAAAACAUAACCAAAAACUUGUUCA